AUAUUUCUGUUUUUUACCUUUCACCGUAAUGUUUUGAUUUUCAUCUCUGUCGCUACGCCUCAUUUCUUCUCUAUACGUAUAUAUCGAUAUAUAUAUAUAUAUACACACAGUGCCAAAUCUCAUCAGCGAAAACCCCCAUCUCCAACACGGCCCCCUCUCUAAAUUCUCGAUCUCUUCCAAUAGAAUUCAUCUCCAGAUUCUCAAUCUCAUUUCGUCCACUGAAUCGACACACACACACGCUCUCGCUCACAUCGAUUUUUAUUUAUUUUUUAUUUUUUUUUAAUUAAAAAUUGGUUAGAUUAGAGAUUUUCGUUAAUUUGUUUCAUUGAUCUGGAAUUCAUUUGUAUCCCGAUCUGUGAGUUACGUUUUCGUACGUUGUGUUAUGGGAAUUGACUGCUAGUCGGAUAUUUGUGAAUCGGAUGGCCGGGAUUGGACGGGAGAUUUUUGUUUUUUGCGGAUGAGGAUUGAAUUAUAGGAAGCAUAAAAUUAGGGGGAAAAAUGCCAGGGAUUGUGCAGGGGAUUAACAGUAAUAGCAGUGGUGAUAAUAGUGAUGCUAAUAAUAAUUACCAGAAUCCAUUGGCAACGAAUGGAACGCUGCCGUUUCGUUCCUUUAAUGGUUCGUCUGUUUCUAGUAAUGGGUUCUGGUCUCAGCACAACGAUGAUAUGAGCGACAAUCAGCUGCAGAAGUUUUGGUGUGAAUUGACGCCACGAGCUCGACAGAAUCUUCUUCGGAUUGAUAAGCAGACACUCUUUGAGCACGCUCGUAAGAACAUGUAUUGUUCUAGGUGCAACGGUUUGUUGCUUGAAGGGUUUUUGCAGAUUGUUAUGUAUACAAAGUCUCCACCACAGGAUGUAGCAGGGGGGAUUGACAGUGUGAGAGAAACGGAAAAUCUAAAUCACGAACACUUGUGUAAGGACAAUGGGUGCCAAAAUGAUGCCCAAGAACCAUCCCUCCAUCCAUGGGGUGGAUUGACCACAUCAAAGGAUGGAACACUCACGCUUUUGGACUGUUAUAUUUAUUCAAAGUCUUUAGCUGGACUCCAAAAUGUAUUUGACAGUGCACGUUCGAGGGAAAGGGAACGUGAAUUGCUCUAUCCUGAUGCAUGUGGAGGAGGUGGGCGUGGAUGGAUAAGCCAAGGAAUUGCGGGAUACGGUAGAGGGCAUGGAACAAGAGAAACAUGCGCCCUUCAUACUGCCAGAUUGUCUGUGGAGACUUUGGUCGACUUUUGGUCUGCUCUUGGAGACGAGACUCGGCAAUCUCUUCUGAGGAUGAAAGAAGAAGAUUUUAUUGAAAGACUCAUGUAUAGGUUUGACAGCAAAAGGUUUUGUAGAGACUGCAGAAGAAAUGUUAUACGUGAAUUUAAGGAGCUAAAAGAACUCAAGCGCAUGCGAAAAGAAACUCGCUGCACAAGUUGGUUUUGUGGGGCAGACACUGCAUUUCAAUAUGAGGUUUCUCGCGAUACUGUUCAGGCUGAUUGGCAUCAUGCAUUUUCAGAUUCUUUUGGAACAUAUGAUUACUUUGAAUGGGGUAUUGGAACUGGAGAAGGAAAAUGUGAUAUCUUGGAGUUUGAAAAUGUUGGCUUGAGUGGAAGAGUUCGCGUAAACGGUCUGGACUUAGGUGGGCUGAGUGCCUGCUACAUAACUUUACGGGCUUGGAAAAUGGAUGGGCGAUGCAGUGAGCUCUGUGUGAAAGCUCAUGCUUUGCGAGGCCAACAAUGCGUCCAUUGCAGGCUUGUCGUUGGUGAUGGAUUUGUAACUAUUACACGAGGAGAUAAUAUCACAAGGUUUUUUGAACAUGCAGAGGAGGCUGAGGAAGAAGAGGAUGAUGAUUCCAUGGACAAGGAGGGAAAUGAGAUUGACGGUGAAUGCUCCCGUCCACAGAAACAUGCGAAGAGUCCUGAACUUGCUCGAGAAUUUCUCCUAGAUGCUGCAACUGUCAUUUUCAAGGAACAGGUUGAGAAAGCUUUUAGAGAAGGAACAGCACGGCAAAAUGCGCACAGCAUUUUCGUGUGUCUUGCUUUAAAGUUACUAGAAGAACGUAUACACGUCGCAUGCAAGGAAAUUAUUACUUUAGAAAAGCAGAUGAAACUUCUCGAAGAAGAAGAAAAGGAAAAGCGUGAAGAAGAAGAACGCAAGGAGCGGAGGAAAACAAAAGAAAGGGAAAAAAAACUCAGGAGGAAGGAAAGAUUGAGGGAAAAAGAAAACCGGGAUAAGAAGUGUGAUGAAUCAAAUUUGGACCCUCUUGUUGCUGAUGUUUUGGAGGAGUCAACGCCCUCCGUUGAUGGUGACAAUACUGUCAGCAGCAGAGAGUCCGUCGCUGAAAGAGGUGACCUUACUCUAUCCAGUCCGUUGUCCCCUGAUAUUCAAGAAGAUGACCAGUUUUUGACUGAGUAUACUUAUUCAAACAUGGAGAAUCCAUCUGAAGAUUUUUUGGAUGGCGAAUUUGGCAACACGAGAGAUUGGAACACCUCUUUCCCAUAUGAUCACUUACAGUACUCUCGCAGAAAGCCGAAGUUUCGCAAAGAUUUGCCAAAGGAAUCGAACUUAAAAUGGUCUGAUAGGAGAAAAGCUGCAGCGUUAUCGGAGAAUGCAGUUACUGUUAGCAAAUAUGAAUCAAGAUAUCAUGGUGAUGGUUUUGAAUCUACAAGGAACAUUAAUGGCUUUAAUAAGCAAUCAAGAACUAAUGCUGCAAAGUCCAACAUUAGAAACGGAAGCACGUUGUGUGAAAAAUGUCACUGCACCAAUAAUGGAAUAGGUGACAGAUAUGAUUCCCAUCUUUGCAGCUGUAACUAUCAUAUGGAGUAUAGAUCUAGGCCGGAGCCUCAUAUUACGAGAGUAGGGCGAGAUCCUAAAUAUGUUAGUAGGUUUGAGCCUGCAUCUGAUUUAUCAAAACCAUAUUAUCGUGGCAAAAAGUAUACUCCGGUUAUCAAGGGCAUUGCUGGCAACCCUCCUAAUACCAAGAAAGUUUGGGAACCGUUAGAUUCGCAAAAGAAGUGCGUCCGAAGCAACUCAGAUCCUGAUAUUACAUUGAGAUCCGCACCCAAAGUUGUAGCUUCGGAAUCCGAUCAACUCCCUGAAUGUUGCUCCACUAGUUCCGAUGAAGUGACAGAUAUUUCAGUCCAGGCCAACCACGAGGACAACAAUAUGAGAGAUUUAGCAAGGUCUAAAGCUGAGAAUUGUAGAGAUAUUGGUAGCGGGUUGCAAACAAAGGAAACACCUGGAAACUAUUCAAAGGAAGCAGUGGCAGAGGAGGGUGAGUUAUGUUCAAUGACAAGAUCGCCCCUCGGAACAUCAGAUUCGUCAAUGAACAGCUCGUCUAACUCCGAUAACUGCUCAUCCUGCCUCAGUGAGGGUGAGAACAACAAUUAUUCAAACCCUCAAAACCUGGAAUCAACAUCAACAUCAGAUUCAGAAGAAUCCAGCCAUAAUUCAGAGGGAAUAGAAACUUCAUGCUGCGUUGAAAAUGGGGUCACUGGAUCUCACGGAACUGUAGAGAACCAGAGUACAUCGAGAGGGCAGGAUGCUAAGAGCCAGGCACCACCUACCUCUACAGGAACAAAUUCGGUUGGCAGUUUGGUUAAGGAAGCAGCUCCAUAUUGCGAGAACACGAAAGCAAAUGUCAGUAUAGGUGUUCAGCCUCAAAGUGUGCUUCCUCAAAUGCAUAACAAAAACAUAAACUUCCCCGUCUUUCAGGCUCCUACAAUGGGUUAUUACCAUCAGAAUCCAGUUUCUUGGGCGGGCCCCACAAAUGGGUUGAUGUCCUUCCCACACUCCAACCACUAUUUAUUUGCCAACACAUACGGAUAUGGUCUGAACGGAAACGCACGGUUCAUGCAGUAUGGAGCCUUACAGCAUAUGCCCCCACAAUUAAUUAAUCAUGUCCAUGUGCCUGUUUACCAACCGGUUUCUCAGGUUAAUGGGGUUAACUUAAACGAGCCUGCCAAGGUUGCCCAUCUGCCUGGGCUUAAAGAAGGACAACCUAGGAUAAAGAAGGUGGAACAUCCUGCGGAAGUACCGACAGUUUUGGAUGCUGUGCAAAAUGGGAAGCCUGAUAAAAUGGAUAUGGGGAAUAAUGGUUUCUCUUUAUUCCAUUUUGGAGGGCCUGUAGCUCUUUCAACGGGAUUUAAAGCCGACCCUAUUCCUUUAAAAGAAGGAUUUAUGGGCAAUGCUUCUCCGAAUUCGUCAAUAAACUGUACUGAUGGUGAUCAUACCUGUGAUAAGAAAGAUUCUAUUGAGGAAUACAACUUGUUCGCUGCAACGAAUGGCGGCAUCAAGUUUUCAAUCUACUGAAGGAGUUAUAUAAGCAAAAAAGAUUGUUUCGGUUUUUUUCUUUUUAUUCCUUAUUUUCAUGGAGCUUUGAGGAGUUCUAAAACAUUCUUAAAACUGAGUGCUGAGUGAUGCAAGCUUUGAAUAAUCUUCGUCAGAAAAAAAAAAAUAGUGUUUUUUGUGUUUGUGAUUGUUUUGCUUUUGUUGAUUUUUAUUCUUUUCCUUGCGCAGAGAAUGUCGAGAAAUUUAAUUAUGUUUGAUUUAUACGAGUCGUUUGGAAUUUGGCAUGAUAUAU